CCCAACGACGCUGCACCGAGCCGCAGUGUAUCACCUCAUCCGACGACACUUUUUUUUAUAGCUAGCGUUUUUUUAUAGCUCAUCAUUUAAACAUCCUUUAUUAUUGAGCCUAACUUUGACAGAUAUGUCGUCAAAAGACGUCGUACAGCAGGCCCAGCAGCUGUGGUCGAUGCUGGACGACAUGUCUCAGGACGACCCCCAGGCCUACCAAACAUUCAUCCAGAAGCACAUGAAGGAGGGUCUGGAGUUCAGCAGCCCGCCCCAGGUCCACUCCUGUGUACGGACGGACAUACUGGGACCGAAAAAGGGAGUUUUAUACGUCAACAUCUGCGGCUGGAAACGAGUCCCCGCGGCCCAGGAUCCCAGUAAACCAGUACCAGUAUGUGGAGGGAGACUGGAAACACACACGGACCCCGAUGGAGAGAGCUACACCGUGCUGGACGUAGCCUUCAGCCCCUCGGAGCUCCGGCGGUCUGAGCAGUGCCGGGGCGGUGGAGGGGGAGGAGGGGAGCUGGACCCCCAGGUCUAUCUGCUGGCCCUGAGCUUCGCCCAGAGGCAGCACGGCCUGAGUUUAUCCGAGCGGUACCGGAUCCACAGCGCCGGCCCCAGGGGGAGCCGGGAAGACGUGCAGCAGCGCCUCGAAUGCCGGAAGCAGCCCGGCAGCAGGCCCGCCCCCGGAGGCGCCCACGGUCCUGACGCAGUGUCUUCCCCGGCCUCCCUCCUGCAACACAUCUCCUCCCUCCGCCUGGAGGACACAGAAAACCAGUCAUCGGAGAUCGUGAUCGGGCCAACAGCUGCAGCAGCAGAACCAGAGCAGAAUAAGAACAAGAAGGCUCUAAUCCAGGUGAUCUCCAGCUCGUAUGCGCCCCUGCAGCCCCAGACCCCCCACUACCAGCUGCUGGUGAUCCCAGGAGGCGGGAUCGGGUCCCGCGGCACAGUGGAGCUGACAGUCGAGCUCCCAAGGGUGCUCUCCGUGUCCGAGUGUCAGCUCAGCGUCUCCCAGACCGACGUCCUCCUGGAGGUGGAAGACCUCUACCUUCUCCUGGUGGAGCUGCCGGAGGCGGUGGACGAGGACAGCGCCUCAGCCACCUUCAACAGGAAGAAGAGGAGGCUGACCGUGAGGCUGGAUGUUCUCUGAGACGGCAGACAGUCAGAAGAGACCGGAGACCUCCUCAAAGAACGGCGUCUGACCGUAAAGCUGGAAUUCUCUGAGGCAGCGGACGAUCAGAGGCGACCAGAGACCUCCUUAUGGAGCGCAGGCUGACCUUGAGGCUGGUUGUUCUCUGAGACAGCGGAAACCAGAGAUUUCCUUAAAGAAAAGUCUGGGAAUCAGCCCACAUAGAAACGCCUGGUGGUGGAAAAAGAUAUGUCGAGGAGAGCCGAGGAAUCUUUUGGCGAGGAGAAGUCUCCAGAGACGCUUUGAUUAAAAGACACGCCGUCAUUACAGAAAACGAUCCAUGCGACAGUUCAUCUUUAUUAAAAGACUCAAAAUGAUUUUAAGUACAACAAUAUCGAGGUUUGGCAAUUGACUCACAUUGAAAAUAGGCAUUAAAAAAACACAACAGAACAAACUCUCUUUAUUCUUAGGUUCAGAUACUAGGCACCAGCUACCGCUGUGGAACACAGAACACAGCGCUGUAAACUUUCAUUUGUUAGCUUCGUCUGAGUCUGACGCCGCACCGAUUCCUUGAUGGGUCAUGCGACACAAUGGACAUGCACCCAAAUACGCGCUGCGGUCAAAGUGCCUAAUAUGUGUUCAAUAUAAUAAAGUGAUAGCAAAAUCUUAAGUUAAACUCUCCACAUGAAACCAUCCCUUUCUGUCGUUUUAAAGUAUGUCUCGUGGUAGGAAUGUUUUUUUGAUUUUGUUUACAUCCAUUGGUCCCGGGUUUGGUUUGCGGUCGGACAGACGCCCGCUGGCUCUGGUUCGGCGGGGUGCGUCCGGUGGGACUCCCAGUGUGGUUGGCGGUGGCUCUGGUAGUGGCUGAGGUCUGUAAUGGCGAUGGCAGUGGUGUGUCUGGCUGGCCCCUAGCGCCGGUCUCCGUGGUCCUCCUCCACCCAGGCCACGAUCUUCCCCUCCCAGCCAGGCACCACCGCCCCGUCGUGGAACACCUGUAGACACCCCCCGCGGACAUAUUAACACCUCCAAUGUGUACGCACACACACAAACUAACACAGUUGCUCAGAAGGACCGAAUGGGACUGCAGAAAAACUAUAAACAAACUGUGCAGCGUAUUACAAAAGGCGUUCAAUAGCCCUAGGAUGUGGUUCUGCUACAACCAAAGCAGGUCUGCAAGGAGAAGCAAAAUGCGACUGAAAGCGAAAGUAAUACUUGACUUUAGGACCUCAA